UUGCGCACUCGUUUUAAACCUAAGCCUCCCCCGCUAUUGUGGCGUGGGCUUGGUGUUGAAUUGGGCUGUGGCUUGCCGCUGAUUUGGCGAAGCCGAUGACUCUCUAGAACCCCGGCGUGAAUGAGGAAGAGUCACAGCCGCAACAGCGGCUACCAGCAGAAAUAUCUGCCCUUCUUCCCCGCAUGAAUCGCCUGCCCACCACCACCACCGUCACCACGUCCCGCCUCCUUUUCCGCGCGCUCUUGGUGCGCCCGCCACCAAAAAGUUGCUCUCGACCAUUCUUGCUGCGACGAGCCACAAUGGCUACCGAUAGCGGCCGCGGAAAUCCCAUUGCCUCUGGGAAGGGUCCCGCCGAUGGCACUCCUCCUCCUGUAGGCGCUGAGGCUAAGGCCGCCGUCGAGAACACGCCUUCGACUGGAACUCCCGGCACCCAUGCCGCCGGCCAGGACGCCGGCGCUGCCCCGGGGGCUCCGGCCAAGGUGAAAACGGCCAAAGAGUUGGAGAAGGAGAGGAAGAAGGCCGAGAAGCAGGCAAAGUUCGACCAGAAGAAAGCCGCCGCCGCCAAGGCCACCCCCGCGCCUGGCGCGGCGGACAAGGCCAAGGAGAAGGCAAAGGCAAAGGCAGAGGAGCCAGCCCUUCCACCGUACGAGAACGACACCCCGCCCGGCGAGAAGAAGCGCAUUCGCCCCUUCAGCGACCCUCACUACACAGCCUAUAACCCCGUCGCCGUCGAGGCUGCUUGGUACGAGUGGUGGGAGAAGGAGGGUUUCUUCAAGCCCGAGUUCAACAAGGACGGCAAGGUCAAGGACGAGGGCUCCUUUGUCAUUGUUCACCCACCACCAAAUGUCACUGGCGCACUGCACAUGGGCCACGCCCUCGGUGACAGCUUACAGGACCUUAUGAUCCGGUGGAAUAGGAUGCGCGGCAAAACUACGCUCUGGCUUCCUGGCUGCGACCACGCUGGAAUCGCCACGCAAACCGUUGUGGAAAACAUGCUGUGGAGGAGGGAACAAAAGACACGGCACGACUUGGGCCGCCCCAAGUUUAUCGAGAAGGUCUGGGACUGGAAGGACGAGUACCACCAGCGCAUCAACAAUGCCCUCCGCAAGAUGGGUGGCAGCUUCGAUUGGUCCAGGGAGGCCUUUACCAUGGAUGCGAACCUGACUGCUGCUGUGAGCGAAACCUUUGUCAAGCUGCACGAGGAAGGCAUCAUCUACCGUGCCAACAGGCUGGUCAACUGGUGCACCAAGCUCAACACGGCUUUGUCCAACCUCGAGGUCGUCAACAAGGAGAUCUCGGGUAGGACCCUGCUCGACGUCCCUGGCUAUGCCAAAAAGGUCGAGUUUGGUGUUAUUGUGUACUUCAAGUACCCUCUCGAGGACUCUAACGACCACGUUACCGUUGCUACUACGCGUAUAGAGACUAUGCUUGGAGAUACUGGAAUUGCCGUGCAUCCCGACGAUGCACGCUACAAGCAUCUCGUUGGCAAGAACGCCGUGCACCCCUUCAUCCCAGAUCGCAAGCUCCCCAUUGUGGCCGAUCCGUCGGUUGAGAUGGAGUUUGGUACUGGCGCUGUCAAGCUAACGCCGGCUCACGAUCCCAAUGAUUUUGCCAUGGGCCAAACUCACAAGCUCCAAUUCAUCAACAUCCUGACCGACGACGGCUUGAUGAACGAAAAUACGGGCCCGUACCAGGGCCAAAAGCGCUUCGACGUGCGGUACACUAUCCAAGACGACCUCAAAAAGGCGGGUCUCUACGUAGACAAGAAGGACAACCCCAUGACGCUACCCAUGUGCGAGCGAAGCAAGGACAUCAUCGAGCCCUUUUUGAAGCCGCAGUGGUGGGUACGCAUGAAGGAGAUGGCGGCCGACGCUGUUGAGGCCGUCAAGGAUGGCCGCAUUAAGAUCAAACCGCAGUCGUCAGAGAAGAGCUUUUAUUACUGGAUGGGCUCCAUUAACGACUGGUGCAUUUCCCGCCAGCUCUGGUGGGGCCACCAAUGCCCCGUAUACUUCGCCGAGGUCGAGGGUGCUGAGGACGGCGAUCGGUCCGACAACAACCUCUGGUUUGCUGGCCGCACCGAGGAGGAGGCCGAGGAGAAGGCCAAGAAGGCGCUGGCUGGUAAAAAGUUCAAGCUUGUCCGUGACGAGGACGUGCUCGACACGUGGUUCAGCGCCGGGCUUUGGCCCUUUUCCACGCUGGGCUGGCCCAACAACUCGGCCGAUGACCUGCAAAAGCUGUACCCGACCAGUGUUCUCGAGACGGGCUGGGAUAUUCUGUUCUUUUGGAUUGCCCGCAUGGCUAUGCUUGGUAUCAAAAUGACAGGCCAGGUCCCCUUCAACGAGGUUUACUGCCAUUCCCUCGUCAGGGACAGCGAGGGAAGGAAGAUGUCCAAAUCUCUGGGCAACGUUAUCGAUCCCCUUGACGUCAUCAGCGGCAUCAAGCUCGAUAACCUGCACGCGAAGCUCCUAACCGGGAACCUCGCCCCAGCCGAGGUGGAGAAAGCUACCAAGUACCAGAAGCAGGCUUUCCCGGCCGGGAUCCCGGAGUGUGGUGCCGAUGCACUAAGGUUCUGCAUGAUCAACUACACGACGGGAGGUGGUGACAUCAACUUCGACAUCAAGGUUAUGCACGCCUUCCGUCGCUUCUCCAACAAGAUCUGGCAGGCAUCCAAGUACGUGCUCGGCAAGCUCGAAAACUACCCGGAUUUCGUGCCGCGCGAGGCGAGGAAACUCGGGGGCAGGGAAUCGCUGGCGGAGCUGUGGAUCCUGCAUAAGAUGAACCAGGCGACCAGGGGCAUCAACAACGCAUUUGCCGAUCGCGAGUUCAUGAAGUCGAGCCAGCUCGUCUACGCCUACUGGUACGGCCAACUGUGCGACGUCUUCAUCGAGAACUCCAAAACCCUGCUGCAGGACGGAUCUGCCGAAGAGCAGGAAUCGGCUAUGCAGACCCUGUACAGCACCCUCGAAACGGCACUGCUGUUAAUUCACCCCUUCAUGCCGUUUGUGACCGAGGAGCUCUGGCAGCGUCUACCCCGUCGCAAGGGAGACACCACCAGGUCCAUCGUUAUCGCCAGCUACCCGCAGUACGACGAGGCGCUCGAGAACCCCUCGGCCGAGGCGGCUUACGAACUGGUCCUUGACUGCUCCAAGGGCAUCCGGUCCCUGAUGGCCGAGUAUGCCCUCAAGGACGAAGCCCAAGUUUACAUCCAAGCCUAUAACGAAACGUCGCUGAAGACGGCACAGGCGGAGCUGCAGUCCAUCAAGUCACUAUCGGGCAAGGGUGUAACGUCGGUCGAAGUUAUUAAGGGCGAGGCCGGCCGGCCGGCUGGCUGCGUAGUCUUCCCCGUGUCAGCUGGUGCCGCCGUCUUCCUGCACGUCAAGGGUCGCGUCGAUAUUGAUGCCGAGAUCGCCAAGGCGGCCAAGAAGCUGGAGAAGACUGGGGGUCAAAUUGAUCGCCAGCGCGGGCUCAUCACCGACCCCAAAUACAUCGAGAAGGUCAGCUCCGAGCUGCAGGAGGCGGAUCGCAAGAAGCUCGUCGACCUCGAGAGCGAGGCGGACGGCUUCAAGGCCACUAUCAAGCAGUUCGAGGACUUGAAGCUGGAGUGAGGCGUUUGUAACCAUGUAGUUGGGCAAUCUUGUACUAGAGACCACACUCACGUCGGAUCGACCCGGGGCAAAAAAAGAAACAAAGAAAAAAGUUAAAACAAGUACAAUACGUGUGCGUAUUUCGCCAUCAAUGUCCAAGACAAAGCUCACGACUAAGGUCCUGUCUGCUAAACUGAAGCGAGGAAUAAGAGGGGCAUAAGUACAGGCCAAAAAGAUUGAUCCAAUUUGUGCUCGAGCCACGAUGUCUCGAUACUGGUAGAUUAAUACUAAGAGACUGGAAGCGGUCCGGUCGCUAUAUAACAAAGAAAUAGGUAAUGUAACAACUCUAUGGUUAAAAGGGGUAAUGAUUCUUGAGAUGCUUGAGAUAUCUCCUGAAGGGGUGCCCGGGGUAUUGCAAAAUAAAACAACAGGAAAAACAAGGGACACGAAUUACAUGACUACACAUUUCUUGUCCCUGAUGGCCCUACUGCCAGGGCG